UUGACAUGUGGAGAUAAUUAGACAUAACCUCUGUAAAAUUAUUAAUAUCAAUAUACUAUUUUUUUUUAGUAAAUAAACAAAUUAAAAUAAUUAAAAAAUUAAAAUGACGUCCAGCGAAUGUACAUUACGAGCAAUGAAUUGUGAAAUGAAUUUGCUGUCAAUGCCCGAUGGUUCUUCAAUGUUUAUGCAAGGUAAUACGUGCAUAGUAGCUGGAGUUUAUGGACCAAUUGAAGCCAAAUUGCAAAAAAUGUUGCAUGAUAAAGCGAGUGUAGAGGUUGUUUUUACUCCAUUAAAGGGACCACCGAGUAUUGAUGGAAGAAUGAAAGAAUUGUAUAUCAAGGAAACAUGUGAAUCAACUCUUAUUACAUCUCUUCAUCCUGGUACUUCGAUUUCAAUAAAUACCCAAGAAAUGCAAGAUGAUGGUGGUCUCCUUGCUUGUGCUAUCAAUGCAUCAUGUAUUGCGUUAAUUAAUUCCAAUUUAUCAAUGAAAUUUACCAUAGCAGCCGUUAACUGUAUGAUUGAUGAAGAUUCUAAAGAAAUAAUUGUUGAUCCAGAUGAAAUACAGCUUCAAAAUGCCAAAGCCACAUUUAUGUUUGCUUUCGACAGCGUUAAGAAAGACAUUAUUUGUUGUAACGCAAUGGGCCGAUUUAAUGAAAAACAAUUACUUGAAGCUACGGAUAAGUGUCGUGAUGCAAGUAAAUAUAUUUUUGAUUUCUAUCGUGAUAUUGUUAAAAAAUACGCUUAUGCUAUAUGAUAAUAAAAAAACUCAAUACUGUAA